GCUGAUUUACAGAGGUUUGGUCAGCCUACCUGAAGAGGCGAGACUCCACGUGACUUGUUUGAGGAAGACUGCAGGAAGUUUGCAGUCCAACCAUGUGGAGUUACAGGAUUAUUUUGGAUCCCAAACUUGCAUCUCUCUCAACGAAAAAAAUCAGGGAUGUAAACACCCCCCCCAUCCCUUUAUGGGUUGAAGUGCUUUAUAUAUGGCAGUUGUCAAGAGUGAAACUCUUCCCAACGUCUCCAUGCCUUCGUUGGAUCAAACUUUCUGUGUCUGUUUUUGUGAGAGCGCAUGUGUGGUCAGGUUGAAUUGGUGGCGAGACCCUGUCACACACAUUCCUUUUCAUUCAGCUGGAAGAGAAAGGAGGAGAGUAAGACAAAAAAGGGUGAAAGUAAGAGUGAGACAGAGAGACGGAGUGAGUCAGAGGCUGGGGAGAAGGGAGGAGAGGUGGGGGGAGAGAGAGAGAGAGAGAGAGGGGAGAAGGCCAAGAGACAUUUGUCGUUGAGUGGACGAGCAUGGACAAUCCCUGGCACACAGCUCUUUGAGUGUCAUGUAAACCACCCCUUCGCUCUCCCUUUUUUUUGUCCCAUUCACUGCCUGCCACCCUCCCCUCUCUCUGCCGCACCCUGUGGCCUCUCUGCUUUGGAUUUGGGGGACUCGCCCGCCUCUAUAAAAGCUUCAUUUGUACCCCGAGUGGGCUUCAUUCCACAUCAUGGAGAGUCAGAGAAUCCAGUCCUCUUACAGGAAGCGUUUUGGGCCCCAGGGCUCCAGCAGCUCAGGAGUCCGACUUGGGAGCCUUUCUAACCGUGUCUCCUGGCAUGGCACCCCUCGCACCAUCACUCACUCCAGCCCCAUUUCCAGGAUCUCCUUCGGCUCAUCCAGCAGCGCCCUGCUGCUGGGGAGCCCUGGGGACCGGCUGGACUUCUCAGCCGACUCUUUGAUGAAGGCCCACUACAAGGAGACCCGCACCAACGAGAAGGUGGAGAUGAUGGGCCUGAACGACCGCUUUGCUAGCUACAUAGAGAAGGUGCGCCUGUUGGAGCAGCAGAAUAAGAUGCUGGUGGUGGAGCUGAACCAGCUGAGGGGGAAGGAGCCCAGCCGUCUGGGAGACAUCUACCAGGAGGAGCUGAGGGAGCUGCGCAGGCAGGUGGACGGUCUCACUGCAGGGAAGGCUCGGCUGGAGAUAGAGAGGGACAACCUGGCUGGAGAUCUGACCACACUCAAGCAGAGGUUGCAAGAAGAGAACGGCUUCCGACAGGAUGCAGAGAACAAUCUGAACACCUUCAGACAGGAUGUGGAUGAAGCCGCACUAAACCGCGUCCAGUUAGAGAGGAAGAUUGAUGCCCUGCAGGAUGAGAUCAACUUCCUGAGGAAAACCCAAGAAGAGGAGCUGCGUGAGCUGCAGGAGCAAAUCAUGGCCCAGCAGGUGCAUGUGGACCUUGAUGUGUCCAAACCGGACCUGACCGCUGCUCUGAGAGACAUCAGGGUCCAGUACGAAAGCAUGGCCACCUCAAACAUGCAGGACACGGAGGAGUGGUACCGCUCCAAGUUUGCUGACCUGACAGAUGCAGCCAAUCGUAAUGCAGAAGCCCUGCGCCAGGCCAAACAGGAGGCCAAUGAAUACAGGCGCCAGAUCCAAGUGGUGACCUGCGAUCUGGAGGCUAUGCGUGGAACAAACGAGUCUCUGGAACGUCAGCUGAGAGAGCUAGAGGACCGCUUCGCCAUGGAGACUUCGGGUUACCAGGAUACGGUGAGCCACCUAGAGGAGGAUAUUCAUGCUCUGAAGGAGGAGAUGGCCAAACACCUGCAGGAGUACCAGGACCUCCUUAACGUCAAACUGGCCCUGGAUAUUGAGAUCGCCACCUACAGGAAGCUGUUGGAGGGAGAGGAGAGCAGGAUUACCAUUCCAGUUCAAAGCUUUUCCAACCUGCAGUUUAGAGAGACUAAUUUGGAAACGAAAACCCCCGAGGCCCACGUGAAGAGGAGUAUCCUUGUUCGAACUGUGGAGACCAGAGAUGGAGAGAUCAUUAAGGAAUCAACAACUGAGCACAAAGAUCUUCCUUGAAUUUACAACCACCUGGUCUUCAGUCGUGAUCUGAGGACCUGAGCGCUUCUUCCAACAUUUUUUUUUAUCUCCAAACCCCAAAGCUGCCCCGAGUUAUCACAUAAUCCCAUUUUACUUUCUCAUCAGAAUCUGUGAGCUAAUAAGUUAACUACAGCCAUGAUUUAACCCUUAAACACUCUCACUCAGUCAUUAAAAUGACUCCAAACGCUUAUUACGUGGAUACGUUUUCUACUGAUAGACUAAAAGCUUGAGCUGGAUGGAGGUCAGCCUUCUUAUAUGCUCUUCUGUCUGUUUCUAUAAAGCUCCUCAGUAAUUCUGAUAACCUGUUUGACUUUAAACUGAACUGGUGGACCAGAUUUUGUAGCAUUGUUUCAGAUUAGCCGCCAUAGAAGAGGCCAUGAUAUGUAGCAGUCGUGUUCAGAUAACAUGUAGCGUUGUGGAGGUUGACAUGUGGUGUUGUGUAUGUGAAGUGUGUGAUAGAAAGUACCAGAGGAAGAUGUGGUUCAUGUCAGAGUUGGAUCUGAGCAGGAAAUGAGAGUUGUGUGUGUUCAUUAGAGCAGCUUUGGACAGGAAGACAGGUGAAUUUGGGAUGAUUUUUUUAACCCGUGCAUGAUGUCGUUUUGCAUUUCAUGUGUUUUGUUGAGCCACCUAAUCCACCUGUGUGCUACUUGUUGUAUUGUGAAAGUCCUUUAAUGCCUGCUCAGGUGUUUUCAAGUGGUGCAUUACUGUCUGGCAUCUGGCUGUUGAAAAGUGUGCUUAUAGUAUUUCCUUUUCUGUCGCUGAUAAAAAAAAACCUAACCCCAAAAACCUGCACAUCCUGCAAUGUUGCAUCGAGUCUGACAUAUAUAGACAUUGCGAUCAAGAACUGAGUUUCCAUAUAUUUCCAACAUAUUUAGCAUUCAUAACUUCAGUGAUGUAUGCCAGAUGCUGCAGACAAAAAGAGGAUAUCAGAUAUUAAAACUCACCCAGUGCAAAUUUUUUUUUUUACAUCAGUUUCUAAAAACUUGUGAAUUCUGUGUGUUUGUAUUAGCUAUCAAAAAACUCUUUACUAUUUUAUGUUGUUUCAUGUAGCUGCAUUAAUAGAUAAAUGUAAGCAUGUGUUCAACUCAGAGGGCAGCGACUAUAGCAGCUUUUGCAGUGAUGUCAUACUUUGCAUAUAAAGUGUAAUAGUCCUUUAAAUGGUGCAGAAGCUGCAGGGGACUUGAACCAGAACAAUUGGCUGUAUUGAAAACUCAACCGGUCCUCCACCCCUUCACCUCCAUCCAUCUCACACCAGGAUCCUCGAUCUCUUGAGCUCAACCUCUAAAGCCCCCUUCUGUCUUUCUGACACCUGGACCUGUCAGGGCAUGCCCCUCUCAUCCAGCACAGGUGACAGGAGCACAGCCAGGUGGGAGGUGUUAGGAGAGGUUUUAGGGAUGUGACCUUUACCCUGCAUCUUCUUUGUAAUCCUGCAACACGUUUGGCUUACAGCACAUAGAAAAGAUGCUGUUUUUUUUCAUUUUGAAAGAGGAAACACACAAAAAAGAGAGCCUGGAGAAGAUAAUGGAUGGAUAGAUUUCCCAGCUGAAACCCUGUAUUUACCUCGCAGGCUGCCUGAGACCCUGCUGACAGUCCCCGCUCUAAUGAGAGUUUUCUACGCUGAAGCUGCCGGUCGCUGCGCUCGUCGCCAAGGACACACUGUGAAUUUGUGUUCCUCUGUGUGCCUCCCACCCACUUUCUAUCCUCUUCAACGUCCCCCCCCCCCUCUAUUACCCAACCCCUUCUCUUGUUUCUUUCUUAACAUACAGCCCCUGUUUGUGUUCACUCCUCUGUUUGUAGUGUUAGAUACAAUUCCUGAGUCUUGUAGCAGCUGACUCUCUCUCUUCUGGAAGAAACCUUUGCAUAUGUGAAUAUAACAUUAGUGUUGACCAACAUGCUAUGAUGUCAUGUUAACAUAUUGACAAUAAAACCUUUUGUUUGUUUGA